GACAAUAAUCCAUGCAUGUUUCCUUAAAUUUUCUGCUGGUGCACUUCUCAUUUUGGGCAUGGAAACCCCACAAACCCAGCAACCCACCACCUAAUCGGAGCCCAUUAAUGGCCUGAAAUCAACCCAUGUAACAACCAGUCGUACCAUUUUUAAUGUUGAAUGUUCUGGUUCAUCAGACAAGCGGAAGCAGAUAGCUUUUGAAAAAAGCAGAAGUUGUUCUUCUGGGUUUUUCUGCUUUUGGGUUUGGUAAAAAAUGGAGGAGAGGGAAGGAAGAUCCUUGGCUGAAACCCCAACGUGGACAGUUGCUUGUGUGACUUGUGUCAUGGUUGUUCUUGGGUUCUUCUUCAAUGGCUCUUUGGAACGGGUUGGAAAGUGGUUGGAUAAGACUAAAAGGAAGUCUCUAAUUGCUGCUCUGCAGAAGAUUAAAGAAGAGCUCAUGCUUUUUGGGGUUAUGUCAUUGUUGAUGAGUCACUUCAUUAUUAUUGUGGCCAAGAUUUGCGUUAAAUCGUCGGUUAUGAGCAGCCGGUUCUUUCCAUGUGCAUCAGAGAGUGAAUUUGUGAAUGCUGUUGAACAUGUUCUUGUUCCGAGUUCAGGCAAUUUGAAUAGUUCAGUCUCCAGUGUACAGGUGAAGGCUGGUUCUCAACAGGGCUAUUGUCCUGAGGGUCAUGAAUCCUUUGCUUCUCAACAAAGUCUUGAACAGCUUCACCGUUUGAUGUUUGUGCUCGGCAUCACCCAUGUUUUUUACAGCUUCGUAGCCAUUGUCCUGGCCAUGAUUAAGAUUUACAGCUGGAGAGUAUGGGAAAAUGAAGCCAAAGCUAUAGCAAGUCAGACCUUAGAAGAUACCGCAGAAGGUAGACCAGGUAUUCAAAGAAUGAGGAGAUUGUCUACUUUCAUUUUUCACCAUGCAUCACAUCCAUGGAGCCAGCACAGAGUUCUUGUUUGGCUGCUUUGUUUCAGCCGCCAGUUCUGGAGUUCUAUAAACCGGUCUUCUUACAUGGCUUUGCGCUUCGGCUUCAUCACUACUCAUCAACUUCCCUUGUCGUAUGAUUUCCAUAAUUAUAUGAUUCGCAGCAUGGAGGAAGAAUUUCGGGAUAUUGUUGGUAUCAGUUUGCCUCUUUGGAUUUACACCAUCUGUUGUGCUGUUCUAGAUUUUCAUGGAAGCAACCUUUACUUUUGGCUUUCCUUCCUUCCAGCCAUUUUGAUCCUGCUUAUUGGUACAAAACUGCACCGAAUAGUGGUAAAGCUGGCUGUCGAAAUCAUGGAAGAAAGUCCGUAUAUGGAAAAUCAUCAGUUUAAACUAAGAGAUGAGCUCUUCUGGUUGAAGAAGCCCUGGCUUCUUUUACGUGCAAUACAAUUGAUAUCCUUCCAGAAUGCCCUCGAGAUGGCAACUUUCAUCUGGUCCCUGUGGGAAAUUAAGGAACCUUCGUGUUUCAUGGACAACCGUACUUUCCUUGUGAUUCGCUUGACAUUUGGGGUUGUCACGCAGUUCUGGUGUAGCUUUAUAACAUUCCCACUCUAUGUUAUCAUCACACAGAUGGGUUCAAGGUUCAAGAAAUCUGUAGUAUCUGAAAAUGUAAGAAAUUCGCUACAUGGAUGGACAAGGAGAGUGAAGGCCAGACAAAGUACUUCAUCCACUGCUACUACACACUUGUUGAAGACAUCAACAUCAUCCGAUUCUAUUGUGGAUGAAACUCGCAAACUCGAAAGUUCUGCCUCAAACUCUUCGGAGAGAAGUUCCUUCAAGAAACAGAAUACAUCUUUCCGACAUCUGCAGGGCGGCGAUGAGAAGUUAGAAACUCCGCUCUCUGUUGGUCCGGUUUACGACAGUUAUAGCGAUGACAACGAGGGUGAUUACCAUCACGAUGAUCAUAGUAACAUAAAAGAUGAAUUGGCUCUCCUUCCGCCAUAAGCUUUUCUUUUUUGGAGUAUCACUAGGGAUGUAGACUACUUGCAUACACUUUGAUACAUUAAUUAAUCAUUUAGCGUCCAAAUGUUUCAACCACUGCGCCUCUCUGAAGCAGUGGUAUUAGUAGAUCCCACUUGCUGCAGCUCAAAGCUAAGCUUCAAAAUUUGAAGAAAGGAGCCCUAUCCGUGUCUGGCUAUCUUCAGCUUGUUAAGCAGACCUCUGAUGCCCUUGCUGCAGCUGGUGAUUCACUUGAUGACCUCGAUAUUGUAGCACAUACCCUCAAUGGCCUUCCUAGUGACUACAAUGCCUUUGCUACUUCGACUAGUACAUGUUUUUCUAAUUUUUUUUUUUUUAACAAACUAUAUUAUCUGUAAAGGGGAGGGUGUGGUUUAGUUUCACAAUAGGCUAACAAUAAUAUGGUUCAAAUAUUUUUCCGCUCUUUGAGUUUCUAACUUUCUUUAAUAUCAUGAUUAAAGAUGCAUCUUUACAUCAUGUGGCGUUUACGUCUA